AUGGCUGAGGUCACGCACGAGGUUGUGCUUGUGCCCGGAGAUGAGGAUUCUGGACACGACACUUCGGAUCUUGAGAGCAUGGCCUCUUCAAGCACGAGCAUCACCGCCUCUAUCCUCGAUUACCGGAUCGAGAACGGCAGAACGUAUCAUCGAUACAAGGACGGCAAAUACAUCUUUCCCAACGAUGCAAGAGAGAGCGACAGAUUAGAUCAGCAACAUGAGAUCUUCAUCUACACGCUCGAUGGCAAACUCGGCCUCGCGCCUCCGUGCAAACCGGACUCCAAAGUCGGCCGCGUUCUCGACGUCGGGACUGGGACCGGGGUCUGGGCCGUUGAUUUCGGGGACUUGCACCCCGAAGCUGAGAUUCUGGGCAUCGAUCUCUCCGCUCCUCAGCAAGAAUUCGUGCCUCCCAAUGUGAGGUUCGAAAUAGACGACAUCGAAGAAGAGUGGACGUACUCGGAACCAUUCAACUACAUCCACAGCCGCUUCAUGAACGCAAGCAUCGCAAACUGGAAAGAAUAUCUCAAGAAAUGCUAUGACAACGUUGCACCAGGCGGAUACCUCGAGCUUCUAGAGAACCAAGUUGAUCCAGUGUCUGACGACAAUACCCUUCCCAAGGACUCUUCGAUACACGAGUACGUCAACCUCAUCCUUUCUGGGUCCGAAAAGAUGGGCCGUGUGUUCGUCGACGUAUCUGCUCUCAAAAGCCUUGUUGUUGAGGCUGGUUUUGUCGACAUCGAGCUCCGAAUAUUCAAGUGGCCCAUGAAUGGCUGGCCGAAAGAUGAGAAAUACAAGAAACUCGGCCUCUGGUGCCACGAGAACUUCUCCAGCGCCCUCGAGGCCGUAUGCAUGGCGCUGCUCACCCGCGUCCACGGCUGGACCCGUGGUGAGGUCGACGUUUUUCUCGUCAAUGUCCGGAAGGAUUUGAAGAAUGGGAGCUAUCACGCCUACUUCCCCAUCUAUUCGGUCGUUGGUCGUAAGCCUGAGAAGGAAGAAGCCGCAGCCUCUGCUUAGUGCCGGGCUGGUGUUCUCGCCGAAUAGGUGGCUACUGUGAUGCCUCGCAAGGCUUACUGAUGGUUUCAAGCUGAGUAUGUUGGCAUAUGGAGGGGUUAGCAACGUAAAUCCAGAACAAAAGGGGUCGAGGCUGUACAAAGACCUACUAGAAUCGU